CAACCACAACACGUACACAUACACAAAGAUACACAAUUAUACGUACGCAUACACAAAUUCACCUACAUAUAUCCAGUACACACAUCCUCAAGUACAAACAUGUGUACACAUAAUAUAUGUAUUCUUAUUAAAAAUACAUUCCUAAACCCUCCUGAAACACACACACACACACACACUCUACUCCACACACAUACACAAAUCCUCUCCUCUCCUACACACAAUACCAGGAACGUCAGUCUAGACCCCAAACACACACAAGGGCAAAUCUUUCCCCCUCCCCCCUCCCCACCACAUGAUCUGCUGGUCCACAGUUCUCGGCUAAUCGAACAGGAAAUUCCCGAGCAGGCAACACAAUCCUUUCGUCUGGCUGCUUAUAUAAGCUUGAGCGAUAUCAGUUGUGUUUUGUCCGCCACUGUGUACAGUAUAUAUGUGUCUGCCAACAUGUUUGUCGUAACUGAUAAAUUGUCUGUACAUGUCGCCUUGUCUGGUAAACAUUAUACGUAAGUGUCAUCUUGUUGCUGAAGUUGUGUUCACGUUUUAAUGUGAGAAGUGUCACUAAUUAGACAGUUAAGGACACUGAUACAACUGCCUGUUGCCUCUAUCAAGAGUACAAUAUCAGUAUUGGUGGGCAGUGAAGAGAUAAAAUCGUGUCUGUAACAGAUUUAAACCAAGAAUAAAAGAUAAAGCCUUGACACAGUUAGUGUUGAAAUCUUUAAAGUGGAACCUAUAACUGAAUAACAUUGAGUGUACGAAUACGUUAUAACCACAGGAAAUGAAAAGCAAAAUUAAAGUCAAUGAAUGACAUUGAUGUUUAUAAUGGAAAUGAGAACUAAUGGAAGGAGGAACAUUAUGUGGAAAGCUUUUAAAUGUAAUAAGAGGAUAUGUGAAGAGGAAACCGUAUAUAUCUAGCGGACGCGUGAGACAUUCCCUGAGGACGAAGGAGGCUAAGGAGAAGGUCGGGAGCUGAACAGACGGAGGUCGGAGGUCAGACAGAAGGAAGACGUUGGCCGGACAGAAGGAAGACGUAGGCCGGACAGAAGGAAGACGUUAGCUGGACAGAAGGAAGACGUUGGCCGGACAGAAGGAAGACGAAGGCCGGACAGAAGGAAGACGUUAGCCGGACAGAAGGAAGACGAAGACCGGACGGAAGGAAGACGUAGGCGGACAGAAGGAAGACGUAGGCCGGACUGAAGGAAGACGUUAGCCGGACAGAAGGAAGACGAAGGCCGGACAGAAGGAAGACGUUGGCCGGACAGAAGGAAGACGUUGGCCGGACAGAAGGAAGACGUAGGCCGGACAGAAGGAAGACGUUGGCCGGACAGAAGGAAGACGUAGGCCGGACAGAAGGAAGACGUUGGCCGGACAGAAGGAAGACGUAGGCCGGACAGAAGGAAGACGUUGGCCGGACAUGCCAUAAGCCGUAUAUUCUUGACCUUCAGAGAGACAGUUGGGGAUUUGUUCAUCAAUAAUAUCAAGUUCAAGAUUUUAUUCUCCAAGGUCGUCUACAGAUGUUCUUCACCAUUAGGACAACAGUUACAGAGACACGAUGACACUACUGUGCUCGGCUGAGGGAAGGAGUGGGGAAGCGCUCCUUCAGUGCCCGGUGAUGGGACAGACCCUGUUGGCCCCUGGAGUUGCCCUGAGGACCCGACAUACGCACACUCAUCUCACACCCAACGGCGAUAUCCCUAACGGUGUCAUAAAGCCGCACGAUGAGGCAGACAGGAAUAAUCGGAUGGAUCACAAAAACAUUAAACAAGUUACUCGCCUGAGGUCCAUUGGUACGAGCGAGGGGCGAGCCUCACCCCGCUUGAAGGAACUGUUGGAGGGUCUAAACGAGCCCGGAGACUCCGGUAACCUGCCAGAGGCGCCAGAGUGGCUGGAUAGGGAGUUAUUUAAUCGGGGUCGACAGUUCUACCAACGUUAUCUCUUCUGCAUAUUUUUUUCAGACCUUUUGUCUUUACUGGUGAUGUUCAGCAUCAGCCGUAUACUGAGGCCAUUGAUUUAUACUGAGCGGUCGGACACACCACGACGGGCUCUCCGCCGCUACGUGUCUACCAUUAUGCAUGUUAUAACUUGGUUUUCCGGGGACGUAUGGGAUCCUCUCGACCACGCCCACAAGGACAUCAUGACAGUACGCUCCACCCACAAAAACUCAGCACAGAUAUUCAACUCCUCCACCCACUAUGAAGAAGUUGAAACGAUGGAUGUGAAAAAAAAGAAACAUGAGGAACCCCGGUGCCCCAUAUACCCAGCUAUCUGCCAAGAUCUGCAGCCUCAGGUGAGAGCUGGCUUGGUCCUGGAGUCGCCCGACAACUCGCCAGUGUACAUCAGUCAGUGGGAUAUGCUCAUCACACAGUAUUCCUUCCUGGGUAUGAUGGUGGCUCACCCAUGCAGGAUGGGUGCAUGGUGGGUCACUGAGAAUGAGCUGGCUGGUCUCAUCCACUUCUGGCGAGGGAUUGGUUGGCUUCUGGGCAUCGAAGACAAAUACAACUUUUGUAAUGGGACGGUGAAGGAAACGAAGGCUCUGUGCCAUGAGAUAGAACAGUUGGUGGUGAAGCCGAGGCUGUCAGAGGUUGGGUGGAGCCACGAGCACAUGGCCUCUUCCCUCAUUGAUGGUAUGAACUACAUGGUGCCGGGUCUCUCCUACCCUGCCAUGUUCCGCUUCCUGGCCGAUAGUUUGGACUUGGCUGUGCCUACCUUCAUCAGUCACAUGAGCACCUUCCACACCUGCCAGUAUUGGGUCCUGAGGUUCGUGUUCCAUGUCCUGUUCCUCGUGCCUGGUGUAGUACUGCUCUUCAACCAAUUGCUGAAGACGGCUAUCAGGUUCAUACAGAACCAGAAUCCGUCGUGGUUUUUUAAGUCACAUCAUCCUCAUUUCCGUGGCCACAGUAGCUAGCCACUGUAUUAAUUGCCAUAGAUUGUGAUUCAAACUUGAGAUGGUUUGCGCAGAAGCUGGUCAACACCGUAAAAAAAAAAGGACAUUGCGUUGUGGAGCUGUUGUCCAGCACUUGAGCUUUCCAGCACCAGUGAGUGUGUAUCUAGUGAUAUGAGCCUCAGAAAGUAAGGUGUUGAAGAUUAAACAUACUCUGUGAACACUGUAUGGGUAUAUACUUUGUUUAACCAAUCUGUGGGAUGCUACUUAGUAUACUUAGAUGUUGUCCCUGUUUGAUUUAUUUUUUUAGGUAGAUUAUUGAUUCAUCUUUCCAUUUUAGUUAAGACUGAAUCGAAAAGGAUUUCCGAAUUUUAUUCUCAUUGUUUCAGGAAAAUGUUGUACACUCUAGUUAUAGGCCUUGGGCUCUUCUUUCCUUGUUUUCUUAUCUUGAGGUUUCAUAUAUCAGGACACUGUUAGAGUGGUCCUACUUACACAAGUAUUUGAUUAAAGGCGUGUUGUUGGGAGUAGUUCUCGGGAGUUGCCCAAUGACGCAGGAUAUUAUUAUUUAAGUGAAAUUAAUGGUAUAAUACAUGAGCAAAUUUGAACACCCCACUGGCUCACAGAUGGGAUGGUUUGAUGCAUUUGUGUGCAUGUGUGUGUGCAAACACAGCCAGAUUAUUUCAUCCCCUUUCCAUGUACCUGAUGCAUCUACCUCUCCUUUCUGAAGCCGUAGAAGGUGAGAACGAAAACAAAAGCGUGUAUCAAGGAUCCGUAAGAGAACAACUGCUAGGAAGGGAAAAUAUUAAGAAAAAAUUCUGUUAAAUUUCACUACAGACAAAAAUCAAGGCUUGUUAUAAGUCACAUUACUCGUCAGUAGACGGUGUGUGGACCAGUCUUUGGAUUCAUUAUAAUUGAGUUACUAGUCAAUCUGUAGUAUAUCUUGUGUUCUUGUAUGUGUAUGUAUAUUCACAUGUAUUCGUCCUUGUCAUUGAAUGUAUAUUUGUACUUAUGCAGGGGAGGGUCCGGACCCCCUCCCUUUUUAUCAGAAAAUUCCAAUACUGUACUUUUUCUUAAAUGCAAUAUUGUACUCAGGCAUUUUUUGUAUAAUAAAAAGUAAUUACUAUUGACCUUAGAAUAUCUCCUAAAUAUCACUUGCACAUAUGUGUGCGCGAGCAUUCACUACACCUCAUAAGUGCAUAAGUGACAGAUGAGCUCAUAAAAGAAUUACAGGUGAUCAAGAGCUGCAAUUUUCAUUAUUUUUUUAUUUUAUUUUAACAAUUCAGAUGUAUAACAAAGUACA